GGGGGGACUGCCCACAUCCAAGAUGGCGCUUCCAGGAGCUGGGAGCCGUUGACCGGCAGCCGGGAAGCGGCCUGGAUUGGCCUUCCGAUCGCAGGGUCCUGGGGGCAUCUCGCUGAGUACCCCCCUGGCCCUCCCAGAAGGCCUUUCCUGGGCCAGAGCAAUGGCCGCCGAGAAUAGCAAGCAAUUUUGGAAGAGGAGCGCCAAGCUGCCGGGGAGCAUCCAGCCUGUGUAUGGAGCACAGCACCCUCCUCUGGACCCUCGGCUCACCAAAAACUUUAUUAAAGAGCGAUCAAAAGUCAACACAGUUCCUCUGAAGAAUAAGAAGGCCUCCAGUUUUCAUGAGUUUGCCCGGAAUACCAGUGAUGCUUGGGACAUUGGUGAUGAUGAGGAAGAGGACUUUUCCUCCCCUUCUUUCCAAACUCUGAACUCAAAAGUUGCUUUGGCAACUGCAGCCCAAGUCCUGGAAAACCACAGCAAGCUGAGGGUGAAACCAGAACGAUCCCAGUCAACAACAUCUGACGUUCCUGCCAGCUACAAGGUCAUAAAGUCCAGCAGUGAUGCCCAGCUGUCCAGAAAUUCCAGUGAUACAUGCCUGAGGAAUGCACUCCACAAACAGCAGUCACUUCCUCUUCGACCCAUCAUCCCCCUUGUAGCCCGGAUCUCAGACCAGAAUGCUUCUGGGGCACCUCCGAUGACUGUCCGAGAGAAAACCCGCCUAGAAAAAUUCCGUCAGCUUCUCUCCAGCCACAACACUGACUUAGAUGAGCUGAGAAAGUGUAGCUGGCCAGGGGUUCCCAGGGAGGUUCGACCUGUAACCUGGAGACUCCUGUCGGGCUAUCUCCCAGCCAACAAGGAGAGAAGGAAGUUGACCCUGCAGCGGAAGCGGGAAGAAUAUUUUGGCUUCAUCGAGCAGUAUUAUGACUCUCGAAAUGAGGAACAUCACCAGGACACGUACAGACAGAUCCACAUUGACAUUCCAAGGACGAAUCCUCUCAUUCCAUUGUUCCAGCAACCACUUGUACAGGAGAUCUUCGAAAGAAUUCUAUUUAUUUGGGCCAUCCGACACCCUGCCAGUGGGUAUGUCCAGGGAAUUAAUGACCUGGUCACUCCGUUCUUUGUCGUCUUCCUAUCAGAAUAUGUGGAAGAGGAUGUGGAGAACUUUGAUGUGACCAAUUUGUCUCAGGACAUGCUACGAAGCAUUGAAGCUGACAGCUUUUGGUGCAUGAGCAAGCUGCUGGAUGGCAUCCAGGAUAACUAUACCUUUGCACAACCGGGGAUCCAGAAGAAGGUCAAGGCGCUGGAAGAGCUUGUCAGCCGGAUUGAUGAACAGGUACAUAAUCACUUCAGGAGGUACGAGGUUGAAUACCUACAGUUUGCCUUUCGUUGGAUGAACAACCUGCUUAUGCGGGAGCUUCCCCUUCGCUGCACCAUCCGCCUGUGGGACACGUACCAGUCUGAACCAGAAGGGUUCUCCCACUUCCAUCUCUAUGUGUGUGCAGCCUUCUUGAUCAAGUGGAGAAAAGAGAUCUUGGAUGAGGAGGACUUCCAGGGUCUCCUCAUGCUGCUACAAAACCUACCUACGAUACACUGGGGCAACGAAGAGAUUGGGCUGCUGCUCGCCGAGGCGUACAGACUCAAGUAUAUGUUUGCCGACGCCCCCAAUCACUACCGCCGAUAGGUGCUGUCUCCUCUUGGGGACCCAGACUGCCCCCACCUCAGAUGGUGAUCUGAUCACUGUGGACACUGUGCGAGCUGUGGACCCCGGCCAGGAGCCAUUCCUGCUGUAGAAAGCUCACAUCCGCCGCCCAGGUCUUAACUUUUCGGCGUGCCUAUCCACCAUUUCAUGUCUCCAGUGGGUCUCCUGGACCACUGUCAGUAUUCCAUGCCACGUGGAUGGGCCCAGCUCUGGGAGAGGACUGAAAAGGAGGUACAGGGUUGUCUGCCCCUUUAAAAGAAACUGGACAAAUGAAGGGGAAGGCUCAGGGUCUUAACUCACAUUGUCCCUCCAUGGACUAGCUGUCUCUUGCCUCCCAGCUCCAACUGAUACUGUUGCUUUUUGUGACGUGGUUUGAUUUGAUCACAGGUCAGAAACGCCUUAUGUUUUCAAAAUACUCCUGGCCCCUCUCCCCUGUUCCCAGUUCCUAGCCCUUUUACCUUCUGCCCUGGUCGGAGCCAGUGAGGGGCAGCUUUUUAAGACCAUUGUUCUCAGACGGAGGAGGCACUGAUGCUUAUAACUCUGGGAAGAGGCCUGCACCCAAGGGCUAGGGAUUUUAUUUUUCCUUUGUCACCAGUAUGUGAAUGUGCAUUUGUGUGCAUGGGUGGGUAUACACACCCAACAUUUAGCUACAUGUCUGAAUCUCUCUGUCCAGAAUAGCCCCCUCAGCUGGGAAAGGCCCCAGUGACUAAGUGUACAAGUGUCCCUUGAGAAGGAUCAGGGCACGGGAGGGAGGAGGGGCUUUUUACCUCUCCCAAUCCUUUUUCCAUGAUGACCCACUCCAAGAUAUUAUGUGUAAAUUGUGUUAUUAUGUAUAUGGGUAAAGAUGUACAAAUAUAUGUCCUGUUUGUAGCAGAUAUGAUUUUUAUAUUUAUAACGUGCAUCAACAUGUGAAAGCAAUCCAGGUCACUAGCACAGGUGAAGUUGCCAGGGAGGUAGCUUCAGCACCUCCAGGUUGGUCUUUGGUUGCCCUCCUGUGAGGGAAGUGCAUGGGUGUCUGUCAGCAUGAGCGUCACUGAGCAGAUGCAGCUGCUUUGAAACCAGCGGCAGCCAUCCCAAACAUCAGUGUCUCAGAGUUUUUCUUCCGCUCCCUCCCCUCCUGCUCUGGAGCUUGGUGGAGCACCUGCCCUGCUCCUUCCCGUCUUCAGACAGAGCUCCCCACCCUCCACCCCUAGCAGCCUCCCAGAGAGAGGAUCACAAAGGCAGAAGCCCUUCUGCAUGUUUUUAGCCCUUGCCUUUCCCCCAGAAUCUGAGGAGGGCUUUUGUUUUUACAUUUUUAAGUCAGCAUUGUAUUCAAGCUAGAAGCUGUGACUGACUCUCAGUGCCAAGAAAAGGGGUUUCCCAUGUGUCCCUGAGGUUUGGGGCUCUUCUCAGAGAAAGGCAUCCAGUGUCCCCCGCUAUUCUGAUCAUACCUCACCCAGCUCAUGAGCUGUGUGACGAUGAUCGAUUUUUUGUGUUUGGUAGUGGAGAAGUGGGGGAUGGUGGCAAGCAGCUGUCAUCUUCUUGAGAAGCCAGGCCAUGUCCCCAGUGGGUGACACCCUUGAGUUUCUGUCAGCGGAGCUCCUCCACGCAGGCAUGUUAUAUUUCUCAUCGGGAGCUGUUUCUCAGGCAUUCUUCCUAACCCUGCGCCUCCUCUUCAGUGUGCCUCAGUCUCCUCCUCAGAGAGGGCUCGUGACCUGUCCUCGGCUGGACUGAAGAAAGACAUUUGUGUUCCCAAAUGGUGGUUUUAUUUUUUUAGUUUUUAUGUUUGUAUGGGAAAUUGUGGAUAAAGUGAAAGAAUUGUAAAUAAAUAGUGUACUUCC